AUGGACAUAUAUCUAGACGGACGGAUAUUCACCCCCUCAUAUACACAAGUCCCACCGUUAUCAAAGGGUGGUGUAGCUAUUGUGGCCACAAAUGUGGACGCGACUAUCUCUGGCACUCCCGGAGACCAUCAGUUUUUAUUGCGGACGACUUCAUCCGCGCUCUUGCUGGUCAAUAGCUUUGACAUGCUUUUUAAUACGACCACCAUUCGAUCGACUACUUUUGGGCUCAACGCUCUGAAUGUACCCCAAGAGGCGUGGUACAUUGACAACACGGGUGACGCUGUCGAUUAUUCUCCGGACGAUUGGGAACAUGAAGCAAAUUUCAUGUUUGCGAACAACAAGACAAUAUCGAGAACGAGCAAAUUAGGCGCUUGGGUCGAACUUUCGGUUUUGCCACACGGUAACCCAACCACCUGGAUAUACGGUGCGCUUACCCAAGAAUCUUCCUGGGCUAAAGCGCAAGUCUUCAAAGUCAGAGAUGGUGAGCGGGUCUUGGGCAAGGAAGCCAUCGUGCGCGUCGGUGGUGACGAGUUUAAUCAAAAGCUCGAUAUCCCACUAUACCAAGUUCCCUUAUAUUACACCGGGCAAAUUGACUCAACCCAAGGCUACAUCUUCCGCCUUACGCUUCUCAAUGGAACCAUGACCUUUGAUUUUGCAAGAUCUGAAUCACAGUUCUACCAUCCAGAUAUAUAUCUGCAACUGACAAGACCGACAGAGCGAAGUUCUCAACUCAAAUCGACGCUUCUCGCAGCUCUCAUUCCAACACUCUUCGUGAUUUUGGUCCUUACUUUAUGCUACUGGGUACGAAAUCGUUUAUUCCCCAAGCGAUACGAAAUCAACGACGGCUCGGCCCAAAAUUUUGCGCUUCGUAGACGGUUUGUUGGCACCUUUGCCCGUAACGGUAGUUCAUCUGAGGCAACGCCCGUUCCUUUGGAUGUCACAGUGCUGGACAGGCAUGUGGAGCCGAAUAAUACAGCUGCCAACGCAAUACAGACCGGAAAUAUUGCCGGAAACAUCACCAAGUUAAGGAUGAGGAACGAAUUACAGCGUCAUGAUGGAAGCAGUAACUCGGUGGCUGCCCUUCUGCGCCAUCACGGCCAACAGCGAGACCUCGUGGGGCAAAUGGGCCAUGAGAGAACACCUCAUGACCUAUCCUCGCGGAGUGAAGUGCAAGUUACAGAUACUAUCACAGAGUUGGAUGGGUCCCUUCUCUUCGCUCCAACACACGGCACGUCGUCAUGUCCCCCUGACACAACCUAUGCGGCAUCUAGCUCUCCAAGUGACCCCUAUUUAUCAGAAACAGGGGUCUUUGCAAGUGAAACUGGCGAGGAGGAGCCGGAACCCCUACUGCUAACUCAUGAAGACCUCGCGAUAGUAUUCCAGCGCGCGACAGAAUUGCGUGAUUUGCAUGGUAUAGAGAGGGCUGAUCCGGGUGAUUCAGCACAAGGACAACAGUCAGCGCAACUGGAAGCCCUCGCACGUCAGCUGGCUGGCGUCUCAUAA